CCAGCAAUUGUGGCUGUCCCGGUGUAUGAAUUUCUCUAUGGCGCAUUCCGCGCCGCUUCCUGCGCUCCCCACGCUAGCCCCUUCGUGUUCGACGCCGCCCUCUCCCCACAUUACGUCCCUGGUCUACACUGCAGUCAACGCUGCAACGGCGGUUUGGUCCCCCGCCGCUUCUCCUCGCUGCAACUCAACUCGCCGAAGCCGAUUCCCCAGGGAUAUCCCGAGCCUGCAGCCAAGCUCUCGUUAUAGUCACGUGUCCCUACAGCCGCCUUCAUGCUCCCCCGCGCCGUCCCGCACAUCGUUACAGUCAUACUCGAGGGUUCUCUCGUCUCGAGCAUCAUCCCGCCGGCAGAUACCACUUGCCCCAGUUGUAGCGGCGCGGCAGGUGCAGGUAUCUUCUGAGCCGCGUCGCGUGGCGCAGGUGGAUCCGGGAAGGUGGGAUCUGUCGCCCGAAUGGUGGGGCACGCAGGCGGGGGGGUGGGGCAGGGGCCCGGGCGACGAGGUGUUCUUACAACGGUCGGAUUGGGGGAACGGCACCGUUACUGUCACAUCGCACCCCGCGUCUGACGAGGGAGCAGAGGAGUGGGGAGAAGGGGGAGGAGUGCGCACAUUGCGACAUGAGUGGCGGGUGCUGAGGUUUAAUGACGCCACGAGGCAGAGUGUAGCACGGGUGUCCACUGUGGCUGUAGAUGUGACUGUAGAUGGGGAGAGGGGUGUGACUACAGGGAGGGGAGGUGAGGGAGGAGCAGCAGGAAAGUGGGGCGGAGAGGGAGAGAGGAGGCGGGUGGUGCUUCAGCGGCAGCAGCCAAACUGCCUCGCAUUCGAAUACCUCAAGUCAAUGGCAGCAGCGGCCCUCACCAGUUGCCACCUGCACCAGCCGCACCUGCUAGCCUCUUCUGAAGCCCCUCCUCGCUUGCAUGUUCUGUGCCUUGGGCUUGGGGGCGGCAGUCUCCCUCUCUUCCUCGCAAACACUCUACCCUCCGCUCUCAUCGACGCAGUGGAGAUCGACCCAGCUGUCAUCACAGCAGCCACACAGCACAUGGGCUUCCCAGCAUGGGCGGUUAGAGCCACGCCGCAGUCUUGCUCCGGACCGAAAGCAGCGGCAGACGCUCUAGCAGUCGACCAAGAGGCGGCUGCUGCUGCAGCAGUAACAGCGGCCGAGCGGCUACUGUGGCACGACGUGUAUGAAAGGGUGGCAGUUUAUAACGAGGAUGCAGUGAGCUUCGUGGCAAGAGCUGCAGAGCAGAUUGGAGAUCAAGCAGAUGGGGAGGGUCGAUGGGAGCCGUACGAUCUGGUGCUGGUGGAUGUUUUCGACGGCUCAGAUGAGACCCCGCCGGAGCUGCUGGAUAGGAACGGUCCGUUCCUCAGAGCCUUGGCUCGGGUGGUGCAUCCGAGGCACGGCACACUGGUGAUGAACGUACACGCGGACGUGCCCUCGCCAUCGCUAUGGGAGCGAGUGACGGGUCGGUUCAGCGAUGGGUGGGCGGAUGAGAGCACAGAAAGAGGCAGGAGAAUCCACACCAUCUGCCGCGCUUACAGCUCGGCUCUGCUUGACGCUACAAGUCCUGCCACCCCCCCCCCUCAUGGCACGGCAUUCACAGUCUCCACCGCCUUCCAGGGCAACAUGACGCUGGUUGUGCAACGAGGGAUGGUGCUGGGGGAGGGGGAUGGCAAGGGGGAGGGGGAGGAGGAGGGGAGGAGACGAGUGGGUGGAGGUGAAAGGAGAGGUGGCUCGAGUGGUGGAGGGAGAGAGGAGGAGGGUAGGAAGGGUGAGUUGGAAGCGAGGUUGAAGGAGGCUGCAGCAGAAUUGGACGAGAGAGGCGUUGUACCCUUUGCAGUGGCACCCAGGGUUGUCAGAGGGCUCAAGGUGCUUCCCAGGGAGUGGGUGUGUUGAGGUGCUAUAAGGCUUCUGAGGAAGAGUAAGGGCAACUCACUAGUGGCAGGAAAACUCAGCCCAGAGAGGGGUUGGGUGCUUUUUACAGUGGCACCCAGCCAGCCCAGGGUUAUUAGGGCGGAUUCGUUCGUAUGAAAUGGGGUCUACACCAAAGUAGGGGGCUCAAGGUGCGUCCCCAGGAGUGGAGUUGUUGGCUGGCAGGCUGCUCAGGAGCGGCAAGGGUGAUGCCCUCUCUAGCUCAAGCAGUACAUACCUAGUAACUGUAUUUGUUGCCGUCAUUGCUAUGAGUGACUUGUGACCUGUACCUGCCUCACACAAUAGGCUUUGUGGGUUAUUGCAUUGAGUGUGUCUGGGGGUUAUUAGGCUUCGGCAGAUGGGAACCCGGCAGCUGCUGUCCUUGCUGCCUUGGCGUGUGAUCGGUAUGGCUCUGUACCCACUGUUUCUAGUACCAUGGUAGCUCCUGCAGUGGCACAGCAGGGAGGGAUUUGAAAUAAAUCGUC